UUCGGAGACUGUGUCUAUGGAUGGCAAGAGGCAACUAGUAUAUUACUAGGUUAUUUAUCAAUAUUUUGCUGGUUAAAUGCCCAAAUGCCCCAAGUUAUCAAAAACUACCGCCUUGGAAACGCAGAUUCACUUAGUUUUCUGUUCCUGACAGUUUGGCUUACAGGCGAUGUCGCGAAUUACAUAGGGUGCGUCAUCACAAACCAAUUACCAUUUCAACGGUACCUGGCUAUCUACUUCACAGCCGUAGAUGGACUUUUGUGUGCCCAAUGGCUCUAUUAUGUUUGUUAUCUUGGACGCCUUAGUCUACGUGAACCACUCCUCAUAGCAGCCCCUUCGAAGCAAAACUACACCAAAACCGCUAAUAGUGCAACUACCGCCUUAUUGAUGAUCGCAUUUGUUUCAUUUUCCAACCCCACUUCGGUCUUGGUCAGUUCAGAUAUCAUAUACAGCCGUGUGGGCGACGAUACUACCAUCUGGAUAGGCCGGGUAUUUGCUUGGAUAUGCGCAUUUCUCUAUCUGUCAUCGCGGGUACCACAGAUUGUUCGCAACUACCAUCGUAGAUCAGUAGAAGGACUAUCAAUGGCCUUAUUUUUCUUUGCGGCCAUGGGUAAUCUGACCUAUUGUCUUUCAAUUUUUGCCAACCCCCAUGCUACCCGCCACACAAUGCUUGAAGCCGUGCCUUAUCUUCUCGGGAGUGCAGGCACACUCGUGUUUGAUGGCACCAUCUUCCUUCAAUACAUGCUUUACACACCUAUAGAUUAA